AUGUUGCCCUUCAUAGAUCUCUUGUUCGAGUAUCCUGCCAACCUGACGGGCGCUUCCGUCGAUGAGCUAAAGCUGAUCGCCUCAUUCCUGCUGUCCUACCCCCUGGCCGCUCUGUUGAAGCGCAUCCCCGACGCUCAGCCCUGGAAGAAGAACGCGUUCAUCAUCGGCGUCUCUCUUUUCUAUAUCAUCGGUCUAUUUGGUCUUUGGGAUGGACUUCGCACGCUUCUGUAUAGUGCUGCUGGCACCUAUGCCAUUGCAUACUAUUUGGAUGGCUCCCUGAUGCCCUGGGUCGGCUUCAUCUUCCUCAUGGGUCACAUGUCGAUCAGUCACAUUUACCGCCAGAUCCAGGAUGACUCUCAGGUGGUCGAUAUCACGGGAGCGCAGAUGGUCAUGGUCAUGAAGCUUUCCUCAUUCUGCUGGAACAUUCAUGAUGGCCGUUUGCCUCAGGAGAGCUUGUCCGAUGCGCAGAAGUACUCAGCCAUCACCGAGUUCCCGUCCAUCAUCAACUACCUGGGAUAUGUCCUAUUCUUCCCAUCGCUUUUCGCUGGCCCAUCGUUCGAAUAUGUCGACUACCGUCGCUGGCUCGACACUACUCUCUUCGACAUUCCCCCGGGUACCGACCCGUCCAAGGUUCCGAAGACUCGGAAGAAGCGCAAGAUCCCUCGUAGUGGAACUCCUGCUGCAAAGAAGCUGGCGGUUGGACUGGUCUGGAUCUUCAUUUUCCUGCAGCUGAGCUCUUGGUUCACACCGGACUUUGUCCUUUCGGAUGCAUUCCUCGAAUUCGGCAUUCUCCGUCGUGUGUUUACUGUCUACAUGCUUGGCUUCUCCACCCGCUUCAAGUACUACGGUGUCUGGUCCCUCACCGAGGGUGCUUGUAUCCUGUCUGGAAUGGGAUACAACGGAUUCGAUGACAAAACGGGCAAGGUUUUCUGGAAUCGGCUUGAGAACGUCGAUCCUUGGGGCCUAGAAACUGCGCAGAACUCCCACGCUUACCUCGGAAGCUGGAACAAGAACACCAACCACUGGCUGCGCAACUAUGUCUACUUGCGUGUUACUCCCAAGGGCAAGAAGCCUGGUUUCCGAGCUAGCAUGGCUACCUUCGCUACCAGUGCGCUUUGGCACGGUUUCUAUCCAGGCUACUACCUGACCUUCAUCCUCGGAUCGUUCAUUCAAACUGUUGCGAAAAACUUCCGACGCUAUGUCCGCCCCUUCUUCCUCACACCCGACGGCGCGCGCCCUAUGCAUUACAAGCAUUACUACGACAUUCUCAGCUGGUUCGUAACACAACUGACACUCGGCUUUGCCGUGAUACCAUUCAUCAUUCUCGGUCUGAAUGAGUCUAUCGCCGUCUGGUCCCGCGUCUACUACUACGGUAUCCUCAACAUCGUGAUCUCGAUGGUGUUCUUCGCUUCUCCGGCUAAGGGUAUCCUUAUCGGCAAGCUGAAGCGCCGGAACCGCCCUUACGCCCAGCGUACCGUCAGCCAGGAGACUAUUCGGCCUCCCACUCUCGGUCUGCCGAAUGAUCCUGAGCGCGACUUUGAUGAGGCUGUCGCUGAGGUCAAAGCUGAGAUUGAAUCUCGUCGUCGUCGGGGAAGCGCAGUGACUAUGCCUACCGGUGAAGAGCUGAAGAUCGCUGUUGAGCAGAAGAUCGGGCGUAAGCUCUAG